UCGGGCAUGAAAGUGUGAUGGCUCAGGGCAGAGCGCGAGUAAGUGGCAGGGGUGAAGUAUAUAAGAGAGCGGACUACUACCACUCUGACAUAGUUCAGAGGAGACCACGUGCCUCGCUGUCGCAAAAAAAAAAACACAAAAACGACAAUGAAAGUACUGGUUGUGCUAUCAGCCGCUUUGGCGCUUACAGCCGCUGUUCCUCAAAGAAGGCUAUCCCUAAACCCGGAAGCCGGAGACCAGCAGGCCGCCGAGCAGAAUUACAACAACUACCAACAACCCGAACAACAAGUGAAAGACUUCAGGCCCAGAGUACAAAUUGAUACCACUACUUUCAUUCCCAUCAUCAGUUUCGAUAAAGAACAAGGCACCGAUGGCAGCUACAAAACCUCAUACGAAACCGGAAACAACAUCCAAGCUCAAGAAGAAGGUUACCUCAAGAAUAUUGGAGAAAAUGAGGAUGCCGUCCCCGCAUUGGUUCAGCACGGAUCUUACUCAUACACCGCUCCUGAUGGCCAGGUCAUCACCGUAGAAUACACCGCUGAUGAAUUCGGAUUCAAAGUCAAGGGAGACCACAUCCCAACCCCUCCACCAGUAUCUCCUGAAAUCCAAAAGGGUCUUGACCUUAUCUACGCCGGCAUCAGAGCUAACGCGGAACGCGACGCCCUUGAACUUAAGAACAACCCUGAAGCAGCCAGGUCACAAGAAGAAAAAGCCAUUCUUAACUACAAAGGUCAAUACUACCAACAGUAAAUUGAUGUGAACAUUGACAGUGAAAACAGUGACUGUAUAUUUUUUACAAAUCAAUAGUGUCACAAAGUAAUGUGAUAAGUAACCAAGUGCUCUGUGAGCAUAAUCAAAGUCAGUUUAGAAAUAAUAAUUAGUAUGUAAUGUACCAACGUAAACUUGGAGAUUAUUGCCUUUUGCUAAUGUUAACGCUUAAAUGACAGCUAACUAGCGUGUUUUCGAUACCCGAUGCCAUUUAUUCUGAGAUUCAGAAAGUUAAUACUUAUUUGAUAAGCGAAGAAUUAUUAUUUACCUAACGACAAACUACGUUGUAAGUUUUACUUGCAUAUCUGUUCAAUAUUUUAUUAUGAAUAUAAUACUUCGUUACCAAAAAUGGACAAACACAUUUCCAUGCAUAUAAUAUUGUAAUACUUACUAAAAUGGUUCUCUAUUCCCUCAGUUCAUCUCAGAUAUUUUGUUGGUUUUUGUUAUAAUGUGAUAAUGAGCAUGAAACAGUAGUUUUACUGUAUGUUUAUAAACUUUAUACUUUUGUACAUAUUUUUAUGUAACUUAUCAUUAUUUUCUUAAUAAUAAAAUGUAAAUGAUGAGUGUGUGAAAAA